AUGUCGCUCCAUUCCAAAGGAUUUAUUGCGAAAGAGGCCGCACUAGCCAAUCUCAAAGACGCGCUCGCAACAAAGCAAGCCAGAAAUGAGUCGUCUAGAGGGUUGGGCGGGUAUGCGCUGCCAGCAAAUUCGAGGGAUGGUUCACAAACAAUCGUUUCUUCACGCUACUUUUCCGCGAACAAUACCAACUUUGGCAAGGUUUUGGUACCGAGCUCAAGUCCAAUUGUACCGUCGCCUCCUCGCAGGAAAAACCAAGCCCUUCAUGACGUGGCAGGCGGGCCCUACAAUCUCUUUCAAGAUGAUAUGCUUGUUGGCUCGUCUGGUUUCACGGUCAAUGGCGUUCCGGCAACAGACAAACUAGGUUCGAAUCGCCGACCAAGGGAGUCCAGUCUCGAUAGCGAGGAGGGGCCGCCACGUAAACGAGUUCAUACUUCAACAACCGGGCUCCUCGACUUCACUGCCUCACCCGUUUCACCCCAAGUGGGCAGGGCACCAAAACGUCGAUUUGUUGGAGACGACGAGCCGUCUGACGAAGACCUCCCCGAAAAUCUCACUCUUGCUGGGCCUUCGAAACCCCGUCUCACUCGAGACAGACCAGCAGCAGCUCCCCCUCCCCCUCCCCCGCCUUCAGACCUCGACGAUGUCGCAUUCACUAGAUUCAAACUUACCCAACCAACUCACAGUCCAGUUCGGAUACGUGCGGCAUGGGACCAAUCUGGUCAAAACGUUAAAGUUGCUACGGACAUGUUAGAAGACUCCAACUGGACACCAAACCCAAUUCCUUCUUCAGACAGUGUUGGAAGAGUGACAGAGGUUGAUGAAGCCAGCAAGGCUCAGCGCGCUGCAACAAAAGCCAAAGGCCAGCAGAGCGCUAUUUACGCCAACCGUCAACCACGACCUGCGGAAGAGAACAAGCUCCAAUUCCGUCAUUACACUGGACCAAAGGUCAAAGCAGGUUCGAAUGGGCCUUCCAACGCACCCUCCCCCGAGCCAACGACUUUACCUCGUCGAAGAGUGGCUCGUAAGCUUGUGUUUGACUCUGAUUCUGAUGGCGCGUAUUCGGAUGGUGGAGAACGCGACGAAAGCGACCGCGUCACGGAUCUACAUAGAGCUCGAACUUUGUCCUACUUCAAUUCUUCGAGUGAAGGGGCAUUACAAGAGCUCACUGGCUGCACGCCAGAACAAGCAACGAAGAUUGUCUCUCUGCGACCGUUUGAAACUGCAGAGGAUCUUCAGACCAAGCUUAAGCAACUGGCGAAGAAGAAGUCGGGGCUGAGCACUAAACUCUUUGAUGAUUGUACUGCAAUCUUCCAGGGUUAUGGAAGUGUCGACAGCGUGCUGGAGGAAUGUGAACACAUUGGCGACUCGCUUCGCUCCUCUAUCUCAAAAUGGAGCUCUACGAGUGGCGAAGCGGCCCUCGGGGAACAACUUGAAGAUGGCGCCUUGAGCUUGCGACAUGUCGACUUAUCUGGGAGCAAGCAGAAAAAUUAUCUCUCCUCUCAACCAAAGCUUAUUGCCCCCGACGUUCAACUGAAGGAGUACCAACUCCUGGGUGUGAACUGGUUAAAUCUCCUUUAUACCAGUGACCUGAGUUGUAUCCUCGCUGACGAAAUGGGUUUGGGCAAAACAAUCCAGGUUAUCAGUUUCUUUGCACAUCUCAAGGCCCAGGGAAACAAAGGUCCACAUCUUGUAAUUGUUCCGUCUUCAACAUUAGAAAACUGGUGUCGAGAAUUUGCCCGUUUUGUCCCCUCUAUCGCUAUUCAGACAUAUUACGCCGGCAAAGAGGAACGCCCAGAGCUUCGCGAGACCUUACUCGAUACGCAGAGAUCUCGAAGUCGCAAUGAUGAGGGUUGGGAAGUUCUCAUCACCACCUAUACUCUUGCGCAGGGCGACGAACGUGAUCGCAAAUUCUUCCGCAAAAUUCAAUGGGAUUGCUGUGUGUUCGAUGAAGGCCAUGUCCUGAAGAACUUCCAAUCACAGCGUUAUCAGUCCUUGUUGAAGUUUGGAUCCAAAUGGCGUCUGUUACUCACUGGCACACCCUUGCAAAACAACCUGCAAGAGCUAGUCUCCCUCAUGAACUUCAUCCUUCCUGAGCAAUUUUCUACCUCUAUGGGGUCUCUACGGGCCAUCUUCAAGGUUAAAGGUGAUUCGAAAGUGUCACUCUUAUCGCAAGAACGAGUUUCUCGUGCAAAGAAGAUGAUGACUCCAUUCGUUUUACGCCGCCGGAAAGACCAAGUCUUGAAAGAUCUUCCCAAGAAAACGGAGCGGAUCGAGUGGUGUGAGCUUACAGAUCUCCAGAAGUCGAUAUAUACCGACGCCCUACAACGCUCACGCAAAUUCGUACUUGAGACUGCCGAUCCUAGCAGUCGGGAGAGUUCGGCACCAGCGCCCACAAAGAAGAAGACGAAGCCAGCCGCCAAAAAGACAUAUUUGGAAAAUAGUUCCAAUGUUCUGAUGGACUUGCGGAAAGGCGCAUUGCAUCCAAUGCUCUUCCGCACCGAGUUUACGCUGGACAUCCUAAGCUCGAUGACAAAGGAGCUUCUCAAGGAACCCGACUUUAAAAAGCGCGGCGCUGUUUUCGAUCUGGUCAAAGAGGACAUGUCAGUGAUGACGGACUCAGAACUCCAAUAUUUCUGUGGGACGUACAAGUCCAUACGGAAAUAUCGUCGAGACGAUAGCUGUUAUCUCAACUCUGGCAAAGUACAAGCACUCUUGCGGCUGCUUGCUGAGUACAAGGAACAAAAGCGCAAAGUUCUUGUAUUCUCCCAGUUCACUCAGGUUCUUGACAUCAUCCAAGCCAUCCUGAAGAUCCAGGACAUAGAGUUCCUCAUUCUGACUGGCGCCACACCAGUCGAUGUUCGACAGUCUCUGGUUGAUGAGUUUUCAGAGCGCGAUGACCUUGAUGUCUUCCUUCUGUCAACCAAGGCCGGAGGCAUGGGUAUCAAUUUGACCGCCGCAUCGGUUGUGAUCAUGUUCGAUCAAGACUUCAAUCCUCACAACGACCGCCAAGCACAGGACAGGGCCUACCGAAUCGGCCAACAACGGGACGUCGAGGUCAUCAAGCUCAUCACGCGUGGAACCAUAGAAGAAGACAUGCUCAGAUUGGGGGAAACAAAAUUGGCAUUAGACGAGGCAGUCGCGGGCGACUCGGAAGAGGGUCGUGAUGGCGAGAGUGCACCUGAGCGGGAGAUGAAGCAAUCGUUGCUUGCCUCUCUCCGAGAACAAUUCAAAGCUGAAGCCUAA